GAGCCCUAUCCUCCAAACUUUUCAUGCUCGCGGCGGAUCCAUCAAGCACUGUGAAGUGGAUCCCGAUGGCAAUGGACUCCGCACUGGGGAUAGGGUUCUACGCGAGCCGUUGCCGCUUUUCGCUCUCUAAUGGCGCAGCUUCCAGCUUGCGCGGCUGCAGCAAGUUUCCCGGUGGUCUCUGCGAAACGCCUGUCUUUUAGGGACGGGCGCGUGGACAUGGGUUGCUGUUCUACCAUGCCUGCGAGUAAAUCCCGUGGUAGAAGAAUUUUGGCUUGUGCUCCACCGGGGCAUUCGGAAUCACUACCCGAUCCUCCAAAGAGCAGCUGGAUACAAAACUACCACCCUGCUGAGGAGAUCAGAGAGCCAUUGCCCAUUGAAGAUGGCCGGUAUGCACGUCUCACUGAUGCUGAGACAGCGAGAACACUGAUCGAGGUGAAUAUCAAAGGGGCACUUUUGCUUACAGAAGACAUUGGUGAAGUCCAACAGAAUGUAAUAUUGCCUGACAUCUCCUACUUAACUGAUGAGCAUGGAGAUAUAUACUUUCAAGCCACUGAUGAUGAUGAUAUUUUGAAAAACUUCGUUUCAGAUGAUGCGGAUGAUGCUUUGGCGCAAGUUAUAAUUGGUCUGGAUAAUGUGGAUAUACUAAAAGAGAUAGAAGCGCCUGGAUCUUCUGUGUUCAAUUUGGGUCUCGGGGAAGUAGUUAGUGAGGAUUUUGAUCUUGAUUAUGAUUCUGAAGAGGAUGAUUUAGUCAUUUUUGAAGAAGAAGAAGAAGAAGAAGUUGAUGAUGAUGAUGACGACGACGAUGUUGACAUAACCUCCGAAAUGUCAAAUGAUUGGUCACAUGCGGAGACGAUGCAAGCAACUCACCCAGUUUAUUUUGCUCAAAAGAUUGCUGAGGCUGUCUCAACUAGUAGUUUAGAUUGGAUGGAUCAGCCUUCUGCUAGUGUCAUAAUCCAAGGUUUAUUGAGACCAGCUUUUGUUAAAGAGCAUAAAUUAACUAUAAGACGUCCGCUGAUCAGUGACUCGGGAAGUAGCGGAGGACAAAAUCUUCAAAAACAUGUCAAAGUCAAUGCAGAAGGAGAGAUGACUAACGGUGAGAACCAACACAGCGAAACGACAUUCUUCAAGCUUGAAAUAAUAAACAUUCAGCUUGUUUCGGCAUGCGGUAAUCAGUCCACAGUAAAAGUUGAAGAUUUUCAUCUAGCUCGUCCAGAUGUUAUUGCUCAUUCUGCGGCGAAUAUACUUUCUCGUGUAAAAGCUGGCGGAGAUAAGACAACACAAGCUCUCAAGGCACUUUGUUUGAGACACAAGGGUAUACAAGUUCAGGAAGUCUUCAUUAUCGGAUUGGAUAGUCUCGGCUUUGACUUGAGAGUUUGCUCGGGAACACAAAUUCAAACGUUAAGAUUUGCCUUCAAAGCCCGGGCAACAUCAGAGUUUAGUGCUGAGAAACAGAUCCAUGAUCUACUCUUUCCAAGGUUCCAACAACAGCAGCAGGAGUGGCAAUCAGCUCAGACUAGAGACCACUGAUACAGCAAGCUUCAGUCUUCAUUAAUGCCUUUUUAAUGAAUGGGAUUAUGGUUUGGCCUGCGCUUUGUUUUAAUAUUUUAUUUAACAUGAAAAAUUGCAAUAUGUAAAUAUAUGUUAUUUAUGUUUGGUUUGAGGAAUCAAAUGGCAAUCUAAUUCUUAGGAGAAAUUU